CAAAUAAAAAUGUCACCGUUGACAUCAGAUUUAGAUGUAAACAGGAUUCAGUUGAAUAAUGUCACUGAAGUCACUGUGUUUAUAUUGAUGGGCUUCACAGAUGGUUUUGAGGUGCAAGUCUUCCUGUUUUUACUAUUUCUAGCAAUCUAUCUUUUUACCGUGAUAGGAAAUUUGGGAAUGGUUGUAUUGGUCAUGGGGGAUUCUCGGCUCCACAACCCAAUGUACUAUUUUCUGAGCGUGUUAUCAUUCUUGGAUGCCUGUUAUUCUUCAGUUGUCACUCCAAAAAUGUUAGUCAAUUUCCUGAAAGAGAAUAAAGCCAUUUCCUAUCUUGGAUGUGCAGCACAGAUGUUCCUCUUUGUUACUUUUGGGACCACGGAAUGCUUUCUCUUGGCUGCAAUGGCAUAUGAUCGCUACGUAGCAAUCUACAACCCUCUCCUGUAUUCAGUUAGCAUGUCAGCUGGAGUCUAUGUGCCAUUCAUCAUUGCUUCCUAUGUUGGUGGCAUUUUGCAUGCUUCCAUACACACAGUGGCCACAUUUAGCCUCUCCUUCUGUGCAUCCAAUGAAAUCAGGCAUGUCUUUUGUGACAUCCCUCCUCUCCUUGCUAUUUCUUGUUCUGACACUCACACGAACCAGCUCCUCCUCUUCUACUUUGUGGGCUCCAUCGAGAUAGUCACUAUCCUGGUCGUCCUGAUCUCCUAUGGCUUCAUUCUGUUGGCCAUUCUGAGGAUGCGUUCUGCUGAGGGGAGGAGAAAAGUCUUUUCUACGUGUGGCUCUCACCUAACUGGAGUGUCCAUUUAUCACGGAACCAUCCUCUUCAUGUAUGUGAGACCAAGUUCCAACUACGCUUUGGACCACGACAUGAUAGUGUCGAUAUUUUACACCAUGGUGAUUCCCAUGCUGAAUCCUAUCAUCUACAGUUUGAGGAACAAAGACGUAAAAGAGGCAAUACAAAAAAUGUGUAGGAAAAAUUGGUUUCUCAAUAAAGUAUCUUUUCACAGUAAAAACUAA